UUAACAUAAUUAUUAAAUCAGGAAAAUUCGAAGGGGAAUUCUCUUCCCCAGAUCGCGAUCGAUUUGAUUUGGGUUCGAAAUCUGCCCCCAUCUUCUUCUUCUUCUUCUUUCGUCUUUAGGGUUUCUUCUCGGCAGAGCCUUUCUCUCGAGAGGGUUAGGAUUAGGGAUUUUCUUGAAAUUCUCCAUCCCAACCCUUUCGUACCUUUCCCCGACCCGAUCAUUCUCUCUGGUGAAGUCGGAUAAUUUGAUUAUCUUUGGUUUGGUGAUGGUCUAAAGACCCGGAAGGUUUGGGGGAUCGUGCUGCUGGAGAUUCGAUCUGCUUUGUAGGGAGAAAUGGCGAGCGACAUGCCUAUGAGCGCGGAGCUGGAGCAGAUUGAUGGCGAAAUCCAGGACAUCUUCCGCGCUCUCGAAAAUGGAUUUCAGAAGCUGGAUAAGAUUAAAGAUUCAAACAGACAGUCUAAGCAGUUGGAGGAGCUCACUGGGAAGAUGAGAGAAUGUAAGCGGUUAAUUAAAGAGUUUGAUCGAGAAAUUAAGGAUCAGGAGAGUCGGCAUGCUCCUGAUGUUAAUAAACAACUCAAUGAGAAGAAGCAGACGAUGAUCAAGGAGCUGAACUCAUAUGUAGCCUUGAGAAAAACAUAUCAAAGUAGCCUUGGCAAUAAACGAGUUGAACUCUUUGAUAUGGGUGCUGGAGGUAAUGACCCUGUAGCUGAGGACAAUGUUAAGAUGGCAUCAGAUAUGUCUAAUCAAGAGCUUGUAGAUGCUGGAAGGAAGCAGAUGGAUGAGACUGACCAAGCUAUUCAACGCUCAAAAAUGGUCGUUGAGCAAACUAUUGAAGUAGGAACUCAAACUGCUGCAAAUCUUAAGCAACAAACUGAUCAAAUGGGUCGGAUUGUCAAUGAGCUGGAUACUAUUCAAUUUUCUAUCAAGAAGGCUACUCAGCUGGUGAAAGAGAUUGGUCGGCAGGUUGCCACUGACAAGUGCAUCAUGUUUUUCCUAUUUCUGAUUGUUUGUGGUGUAAUUGCAAUCAUCAUUGUGAAGGUUGUGAACCCAAAUAAUAAGAACAUCAGAGAUAUACCUGGCCUGGCACCACCUGCUCCCACUGCAAGGAGAUUGCUGUCAGCAGAAGCCUUUGGGAGUUUAGGAUAACUUUGACAUUUGAGGAAGAACCCGAGCCCACUUGUCUACUUUCUCUUUCCGACUAAGUUGAAAGAAGUUGUCAGAAGAUGCAAAUCUCCAAGAAUCGAAUCUGAUGAUCCAUCAUGUAUCUGUAAGAUUUUUGUAUAUGAUUUCAUUCCCUGUUUGUUUGUUUGGUGUACUCCUGAAGACCUUAGAUGUUAGAAUCCAUGUGUUUGGAUUCACAGCAUGUUACACACUCUCGUCACAGUGUAUGAUGUGCGCUCUUUUGUUGUAUCAUUUUCCCCCAAUAUCGGAAUUCCAUCGUUCAUUCUCUCA